AUGAGUGGCUACGACAGAGCACUUUCCAUCUUCUCACCUGAUGGCCAUAUUUUCCAAGUCGAAUAUGCUCUGGAAGCAGUUAAAAGAGGAACUUGUGCCGUAGGGAUCAAGGGCAAAGACUGCGUGGUCAUCGGCUGCGAAAGGCGGUCAACAUUGAAGCUGCAGGAUCCGCGUAUUACUCCUUCCAAAAUCGCCAAGAUCGACUCGCAUGUGGUACUAUCUUUCGCGGGGCUGAACGCAGACAGCAGAAUCCUUAUUGAGAAGGCCCGCGUAGAAGCGCAGUCGCACAAGCUCACACUCGAGGACCCUGUCUCUGUGGAUUACCUGACGCGGUACGUCGCAGGGGUGCAGCAGAAAUACACGCAAUCCGGCGGUGUGAGACCCUUUGGUGUGUCGACAUUGAUUGCGGGUUUUGAUCCUCGUGAUACGACCCCAAAGCUGUACCAGACUGAGCCCAGUGGUGUGUACUCUGCUUGGAGCGCCCAGGCCAUUGGCAGGAAUAGCAAGACCGUGCGCGAGUUCCUCGAGAAGAACUAUGCGCGCGACGCGCCUCCUGCCACAGAGCAGGAGUGUGUCAAGCUCACCGUUAAGGCGCUGUUGGAAGUGGUGCAGACGGGCGCCAAGAACAUCGAGAUCACUGUUGUCCGCCCUGCGUCUCAAAUCGCCAACCUGUCAAGCGACGACAUCGGCAAGUACGUCGACGAAAUUGAGCAAGAGAAACAGCAGGAACUCGAGAAGAAGAAGCAGAAGCGGGGCGAGAACUAG